UUGAUGUGAAUGACUGUGAACUGUGAAGCACUCGUCUGGAUAUUAUAACACGAGUUAAUUAGUUGUCUAAUAAUCGCGGUUUGAACAGCAAUACAUAUUGAUAGACAUGGCAUUUAAUUCCGGGAAAGUUAUUUUUAACCCGGUACUCAAACGGACAGUAAACCAAUUGUUUUACUUCGAACAUCUCGUUAAACACCAAUUUCGUUCUAGGUUAGGUAUCGGCUCCUUUUUACCGUGUAUUACAACACAGAGAUUUUACGCUGAGAAGAAAGUCUUUUCCAGAGACAAACCGCACUGUAAUGUCGGCACGAUUGGCCACGUCGAUCAUGGGAAAACAACGCUCACAGCAGCAAUCACUAAAGUUCUGGCCGAAAGAGAGUUAGCACAGAUAAAAGCUUACGCGGAAAUUGAUAAUGCACCCGAGGAGAAAGCACGUGGUAUUACAAUCAAUGCAGCUCACAUCGAAUAUGAAACGGACAACCGUCAUUACGGACACACGGAUUGUCCUGGCCAUGCCGACUAUAUUAAAAAUAUGAUUACGGGUACGGCACAGAUGGAUGGAGCUAUUCUUGUGGUUGCUGCUACGGAUGGUACUAUGCCUCAAACAAGAGAACACGUACUUCUUGCCAAACAAAUUGGCAUUGACCAUAUAGUAGUUUUCGUUAACAAGAUUGAUGCAGCAGACAAAGAAAUGAUCGAAUUGGUGGAAAUGGAGAUUCGGGAAUUGCUUACCGAAAUGGGUUAUGACGGAGAUAAGAUACCUAUCGUAACGGGCAGCGCACUUUGCGCAUUGGAGGGGAACAAUCCGGGAAUAGGAAAGGAAUCUAUAUUGAAACUAUUGGAUGCUGUGGAUUCUCAUAUACCAACUCCUAUAAGAGAUUUAGACAAACCCUUUUUAAUGCCUGUAGAAAGUGUUUUUUCUAUCGCUGGUAGGGGGACAGUGGUAUCAGGCAGAUUGGAGCGUGGCAAAAUAAAGAAGGGUAAUGAGUGCGAAAUAAUUGGCUUUAACAAGCGCUUCAAAAGUAUCAUAACGGGAAUAGAGAUGUUUCAUAAAUUACUGGAGGAAGCCCAUGCUGGAGACCAGUUGGGUGCUUUAGUUCGUGGUCUGAAGAGGGAAGAUAUUAGAAGAGGUAUGAUAAUGUGCAAGCCUGGCACAAUGAAAGCUCACGAUCACAUGGAAUGUCAGAUAUACAUGUUGACCUCCGCGGAAGGAGGUAGAAAGAAGCCCAUAAAUAAUCAAAUGCAUGCUCAAAUGUUUUGCAAAACCUGGGACGUUGCGACGCAAAUGAACUUGCAGAAGAAAGAUUUGGUUAUGCCUGGGGAAGAUUUUACGGCCGUGUUAAAAUUGAUAAGACCGAUGGUCUGCGAAAAGGGGCAGAGAUUUACAUUACGAGAUGGACAUCAUACCUUGGCAACCGGAGUGGUGACGAAUGUUUUGACACCGCUCACCGAAGUCGAGCGAGUGCAACUUCUGGAGGGUAAAAAGAAAUCUAAAGUUGAAAAAGUACAGGGUUAAAUCGAUUUAGUGCGAUCUAUGGGUGUCGUUCAACUAAUUUUUAAAUACAUACAUAUAUAUAUAUAUACACACAUACACCACAUACGUAUAUGUAGCGAAAUUGCAGUAUAGGUCAAGCAUUAAUUUCAUAUAUGUGUGCAUUUUUUCAUCUACAAAUUAAUUUUGAGAGAUAAGUUUAUUUUUAUGAUAUCAUAUAUUACUGUAAAUACGUGUUUAUUUCGACGUUAUGUUUUUAGUCGUAUGUAACCGUGGAAAAUCUUAUUCAAGUAGCAUUUAAUAAACGGUUCGUGUACAAAAUAAUUGUAUAGUUUGCAUAUUGUGCGAUGUGAAGGCGACAUUUUCCCCGUUAUUUCUGCA